UGUCCCCCAUGAAUUCCCUGAACAGUUCGCAGUUGCUCACUGUCUGGGAACUAAUCAUGGUCCAACAGUGUCCCAACGGAUGCAGAGUGGUGAGAAUGGAAUCAAGAAAUUGGAUUGGGGAAUGAGCACCAAACCACUUUGUGGCUGUAGUAAUGGAAAAGGAAGUCGAACCGAAGUGGGAGUAAAAGCAUAACAAACCAAAAGCAGAGAAGCGUAUUAAAAUCCAGCAACCGAAAAGGAAAAGUUGAAGUAAGUUUGAGAGGAAGGGAACGAAGAAGCGCGAGGCCGGAUAGCAGUGAGUAGUAGUAGUAGUAGUAGUGAGGGAUGGGCAGCCAAAGAUUCCGCCAGAAGUGGCAACUACACCCGUCAAUAGAUUGACUGCGUUGGGAUUUGUACUGCCGCUUUGCUUAAUACGAAUCGGAGGGUGGUACGCUUCUUUUGUCGACGCGCGCUGUAUCUGCAAAUAUGGUUGCCCGACGCUGAAGGGAGAAGAAGCAACCUUUUCUUCGAUCGUUCCGGUGGUGAUUGGAUAUCUUUUGUUCAGAGAUCAGAAGCAAGGUUUUCUUAGAUUGUUAGGGAGGAAAUUUGGAAGACUGGCUGUUCGGAGCUCUUCUGAGAAUUUUGAUCUUUAAUUUUGAUUGGACAUAGUUGUGGUUGAUACUGAUGUAGCAUCGCAAAUAAAUUGUCAACUUAAAUAUAACAGUUCAGAGGUUUUCAGGAAGUUCUGGCUCUUCAAUUUGUUCGUGGACUGUUGUUUGUUUCAACAGAUAAAGAAGAAUGGAGGCGGACCAUAACUUGAAUUUUCACAAUGGAAGAGUCUUUCCUCCAUCUCUUAGCAAUCAGAAUGUAGUAUCGUUUCAACCAGUGGCAAUAGGGUUGGUAUCAGAGGGAAUGUAUAAUUCAGGUGAAAUUAGCACUAUGGCAGGAAUGAUCUUGCCUGGCAACCCUGGCACUCAAAGUCAUACUGCUUCUGUGAUGCCACUGCCAGGUAAUCUUUCAGGUAACAUCAUUCUAGAUCCCAUGCCCCCUGCCAAGCACCCUGCAACGGUGACUACCCAUUGGUCUUUGGAAGAAUUAUAUGUGUUGAGACAAGGCCUCACGGAAUAUUCUACUGAGCCUAUUAAUAUAAUGAAAUAUAUCAAGAUAGCAGCUAAGCUGCCUGAGAAGACAGUGAGGGAUGUUGCAAUGAAGUGCCAGUUGAUGGUUGAGUAUUCACUUAAACAUAACGAGGAGAGUGGUAAAAGACGCAGAUUAGAAAAUUACCAUGUUGAAAAGAAGGAAAAGAUUGUGUAUACUUCCUCACUGAGCACCGUGCAUUCUUUGCAACCAGAGAGCGUGGCCACCUUUUCAUUGAGGGUGCAUGAUGUGCCGAGCAAUAAUCAACUUUGUCAAGCUACUCCAAUAAACUUUGAGACACAGAGCCUUCUAAUGGAGAAUUUUAAUCUUCUUAGUCAGAUUGGAUCAAACCUUGAACUGAGUAAGGUUCAAGAUAACAUCAACCUAUUCUAUUGCACCAGAGAAAACAUAACCAACAUUUUAACUAGCAUGAGUGUCGCCCCGGGCAUUAUGAGUCAGAUGCCUUCAUUGCCUGUGUUAAUCGAUGAUAAUCUUUUCCAGUCUAUUCUUCCCCUUGCUAACCAGGUGCAUUUACCUGCAAAUACUUCUCUAAAGGAAGAGCCGAGAUACUGGUAAAUCUUUUUCGCUUGGAGGGUGGCGAUUCGAUAUCUGUAACUGAAGUUGGCUUCCACAUAGCAAAUCGAAGCUUCUUCAGAUGGCUGCUAUGUUCUUCAAGGGAGAUCCUACUCAGAGCUAUAGCCGCGAUAUGCCUUGCAUUCAGUAUGAUAUAUAAAUGCAACUUAAUCUGUUACUGAGUUGCCAAUGUAAAUCCUUCAUUUGGUAGCAAGUGUCUAUAUAAUGAGGUGCUUUCAGGUCCAGUGAUUCUUUUGGAUUUUUAUCAUAUUCUUUUUUUCUGCGUUUUAGUUGAAUAAACGUAUGUAGUCUGACUGAACAAUCUUCAAACUAUAUAUGUCGCAUGGAAGAAUGUAAGUGAAGACAGACUUUUAUCAUUUCAGAGAUAUAAAUUUGUAAAUCAUCUAAAUAUCCGAUCCUCA